AUGCAUAGUUAUAGCACAGCGGUUUCUACACUUCAUGAACUUCGAAAGUCGGGCGAAAGGAAGCCCGAUUUAGUUGUAUCUCUAGGACAAGCAUUGGUUGAUGGUGGACUGACCGGGAAACUUGGGGACGAAGUGUGGUCUGUGUACGAACAAAUUUUCAUUGCUGCCCUGGAUGUCGGAAGAGAUGAUUUGGCAAAG